AGGAAAUGCAUUAUAGAAUUUAAACAAUAAAACGCGGUUCUAUUUUUUAAAUCUAUUAUAUUUUUCGUCUGAAGCAUAUUAGAUUGGUGAGAUAUUCCCGGUGGAGGUUCGGUGCUCGUUCAGGCAGCUGUGGUCAGACUCAGAGCAGACGCGCGCGGAAGAUGACUGUACAUAACCUGUACAUAUUUGAUCGCAAUGGCAGCUGCCUUCAUUACAGCGAGUGGAACCGAAAGAAACAAGCAGGAAUCUCCAAAGAAGAGGAGUUCAAGCUGAUGUACGGCAUGCUGUUCUCCAUCCGCUCCUUCAUCAGUAAGAUGAGUCCACUGGACAUGAAAGACGGGUUCCUGGCGUUCCAGACCAGCCGUUACAAGCUGCAUUAUUAUGAGACUCCAACAGGAAUCAAACUGGUGCUGAACACUGACCUCGGCGUACCGAACUGUAGAGACACACUGCAGCAGAUCUACAGCACUCUGUAUGUGGAGUACAUCGUGAGGAAUCCUCUGUGUGUUCUGGGCGAGUCUCUCCAGAGCGAUCUGUUCAGCAGCAAACUGGACUCUUUCAUCCGAGCGUUACCGUUCUUCAGCGUCCGCGCCGCCUGAACACACACACACACACACACACACACACACACACAAACUCACACAUACACACACACAGCUUCUGCUUCCUCAAACACACUUCUGUUCAACAUCACUGUUCAUUAUUUGAAGACUUCCUUUAUUCUUCUUCAAAAACUGCACACACGUUCUCACAAAGUGUACUCUUGUCUGUUUAUUGCUGUCAGUUAUUGCUUUUUAAAAACAUCAGCGUUUGGAGAUUUAUUGCAGAAUAAUAUAAAAAAAUUAAUUUAUGUGAUGUUUGAUCUAAUAAAAAUGUGUCAGAUUAA